AUGGGCAAAACCGGUCGUGGGCUUUCGAACGGUGAGAAGAUGCUAAAUUUAGUUUCAGAUAACGCAAAACAAGUCUCUGUGUUCCUCCACAAUGGGGUGGGUGCAAAACGUAUUUCGGUCGUAGCUGGAAAUAUGAAUCCUGAAAGUUACACAAUCACCUUGCAAGUCAGCGCAUUUCACAUGUCUGCAGUUUCCGCCAUCCUUCGGAACAUAUCUCGUUGUGUGAUCGUGGAUACACUUCUGCUGCGAGCGCUCAGCAGGAGUGAGAAAACUUGUGACUUGUCAAUAAAAUUCAAACAACAUUGGGUGAGGGCGCUAGAUGACCUACGCUUUCAAACUCCGAUUUCUUCAUGCUUCCAUGAGCUUGCUUGCUUUGCAAAC